AUGGCCAAAGAUUUUAAAAUGAAAAUCGUCCUCACUAACAGUAAAAUCAGAAUAUCAAAAAAAUUAAAAACUCUAUUUAUACCAUACCGUCGGGGUGGAAUUCCUAUAGUAUCUCAAAUUGAGCGUCUUGACGUUGACUUGUCAAUUGGGCCCUUGACCAUUAAUGAUUGUUGUUCCAUGACUUCAGAUGAUCCACGUGGUGUUUCCAUGCUUUUCUACCUUGCACCAUGCAGACUGCGUUACUCUUACCUGGACCAAAUUUAUUUCAAAGAGUUUAAUUUUGGACAAAAAAGUCAAGAUGCUAAAAACUAA